ACCCUCACUCCUUAUUUCGUAACGGAUACUUUCUCUUUCCCUCUAACACCCCCAGAAUAUUCAUAAACAACUUCUACAAUUUACGAUUUUGAUUCAUUGAUAGAAAAAACACAUAGAUCAUCAUAUUUUAUUGAAAAGCGUAUUGAAAAAUCCAUCAAAAUUCUUGGAAAAUUCACUGAAAAUCCCAUCAGAAAUCGUCGAAAUUUUCUACCUUUUGCAAUUGCUAAGGAAGUCUGUCGAUUUUAUUUGAAGAACGGAUUAAAUGGAUUUAGGGUGCUUGGAUUUGGGUUGCAUUUCUUUGUGUGAUGAGAAGCAAAACACAAAUUCUUGUGCAGAAUCGCUCAGUAGUAAUAAUUCCAGCGAGUCUCUCUCCUCCAUUACCAAGCUUGGAAGGAAUAAAUCACAGAAAGAUAAAGAUAGCCCUCCUUUAGGAGUAAGUGCGAUUAAUCGAGUCUCAUCUCAAAUUAAGAAGCCAUUACAUCGCAAAACCUCUCCUCUUAAUUGGUUUCCUCGCAUAAAGGGUGACUCCUACAUGAAGCGUAAAAUUAAACUACUACAGGAAGCUGGUGGCAUGAACACUACUCUUGAUGAGACAUUGGGUCAUUCAAAUCCUCACUACUGUCGUGUAGAACGAGAGAAAAGGGCUGCCAGAGAGGCUGCAUGCAAAGUAAUGGAGGCGCGGAAAGCUGCUAUGAUUGAAGCAUCCUGGUGUCGGAUACUUCAAGCAGCCAGGAUUUCACACAAAGAAGCAGAUGCACUGCUUCAAAUAGCAGAGAAAGAGGUGGCUGAUGCAUUUGAAGCUGCAACAGCUAAAGGAGUUACCAUGUAUGACACACCUGAUCGUCCUUUGAAACGUUUCGAGAUACAGAUAUCCUCUGCUACUGGUAAAGGAUCCACCACUCACACAGUCAGAGCGUCAUUUGAAACAGGUUUUGAAGUGGACAAACAAGUUGCAGCUGCUGUUAAAACUGCAUUCACCAGACUAGCACAUUCUACUUCUUUCAAUAAAGAUGAAUUCAAGGACUUGUUGAGGAAAAUAAGUGAAAAUCCUGAUACUCAGAACCUGUCAUCGGAGUAUGAUACCGGGGCAGAGUUUGAAACAAUAUCUCUUGAGAAUGGCUCUAGCUCGCAAAGGAGGAAUCGGAAGAAGCUAAGUCCUCAGAAAUUCAGUGGGACAAAACUUGUUCUAAUGAUGCUUGAAAGGCUUAAAUGCCUGAAAGAGGAGGAGUUGGCUUCUCUGGCUACAAUAGUUGCAACUUGUGGUCUAAAUGCUGCUUUAGCUGAUACUGGAAGUCAUAGAAUGGAGGAUAAAAAUGCUGCCACUGAUAUGAAUUACUUAAUGAAUAGAGGCGCAAGGCAAAAACAAGUAGAGCCAGAGUUGCCCAGUUUAGAAAAGUUCCUGGUCAAAAAAAUGACAAAGCUUGAGAAGGAAGUGCAAGAAGCUAAGAACGCUAGAAAAGCCGAGUCCAAAAGAGAUGGUGAUGGAAAGCUCAACAAUCCUCAAGUCAGCAAUGGUAACAUAGAUGAUAAACGAUUUUCUGUUGACACUGUACCGGACCUGGGAAGCGUACUGGUUAAGAAUUCAUCGAAAUUUGAGAAAGAGAUGGAAGAAGCAAAGAAAAGUCAGAAGUUAUCAGACCUGGAAUCACGAAGAACUCUGAAAGAUGGAAAAUGCAGGCAACUCAAACAAGAAGUUGCAGAAGUUCCGAGCUUGGACCAGAUAUUGAUCAAGCACGUAUCUAGACUUGAAAAGGAGGUUCAAGAGGCAAAGAAAUGGAGACAAAACGAUUUCCAUAUCACUUCAGGAACAGGGAAGUCGAGUAUAUUGUCAUCGCAAAGUCAGAAAGAGAACAUUAACUCGAACACAGAAAGUUACAAAAAACACAAUGAAGGAGAGAGUGAGAGUUUGGAUAAAAUUCUUGUAAAGCAUGUAUCCAAGUUAGAGAAGGAGAAAAUGGAGUUUGGAUCUAAAGAAGUGAAGAAAAAAGUUACAGAACCACUAAAGGAACCAAGUGGUGGUGGUUUGGAUCAAAUACUCAUCAAACACAAGUCAAGGCUCGAGAGAGAAAAGUCUGCAGCACUAGAACAAGCUGAAGAUAGGUACACAUAUUCUAAGUCUCGGCGUGAAGCCAGGGAGAGAGAGUUGCUAGAUACAUGGGGAGGCAUUGGCUUAAGCCAUUCCAUACGGCCACAUGUCUCUAGACUGGAACGAGAUAAGGCUGCUUGGCUUAAAGCAGAAGAGGAGGAGAAACAAGCGGCAGCCCAUGAGCAGAGUCUCGUUUGAUUGAACGAACUACCACCAGUAUCAGCAAACACUAUAGAUUGUACAAAUGCACAUUGGUUAGCAUCUGUCAUAUGAGAUGGAUCAUCUCAAACAUUGGUAUACAUUGGUGCAUCUGUCGUAUGAGACGGAUCAUCUCAAACAUUGGUCCUUUGUACGAACAUCAUCUGUUAUAUAAUGAUAAACAAUGAUUUUGCAAUAAUUUACUCAAACCUAAGUUA